GAUUUUACAAAUUUGAAAUCAGGCAAUUGCAUACAUUUUCUUUUGCUUAUAUCUUUAAUUUCUAUCGAAUUACGAAUCUACGCUCACAGUUGAAAUUUUCAACAUGGCGAACCUUAGUUCGCUUUUCUGCAUUUUUGGCGUUUAUUUGAUUCAGCUUGGUUUAGGAGACUGUAGUAAACUGACAGAAGAAGAAUGUCGCAGUCUUGGGUUUACACCAAAUCUGAUGUGCACAUCUUGCAAUCUUCUUGAUAACUACAAUCUUACACCAAUUAAAGAUAAUUGUAUGAGUUGUUGCCAAAAUGAUGCCAGUUCUGAUGAAACUUUAAAGGUUUAUCCAUAUGCUGAACUACGCGUGUGUGGAUGAAAAUUGGGGAGAUAUCCUCAGGUGCAGGCAUUCGUGAAAAGCGAAAAGCCUAACCAGUUUCCGGGUCUCGAGGUCAAGUAUGUCCGCGGUGCAGAUCCAGAAAUACACCUGAUGGAUGAAGAUAGAAAUGUACGGGAAACAUUAGGCAUAGAAAAAUGGAACACAGAUUCCGUAGAAUCAUUUUUUCAUGAACGUUUGAAAAAGUAGUGUUUGCGUGAAAUUUGCAUGAGUGUAUUUAAUUGGUAAAUUGUGUGAAUGAAACUGAAUGAUUUAAGAUUGUUAAAUGGACCUUUCUAGUUUUAACAGUUUUAUGCAAAUUUAACUGACUGGCCAUCAAAUUGCUACAUUGGGAUAAUAGAAUUCAAUUCAAUUCAAAUAGUUUAUUUGCGUCUCAUCACAUGUACAACACAUAUAUCACAAUCAAAAUGAAUAAAACUGGUAAAAGUAUGCCAUUCAAUAUAGAAUUAUAUGAGACGUGUAAGCAAAGCUUACACCUAUAGGUAAAUAUAAGAAAAGAUCAUAUUUACAUACUUAUGAUUAUAUACUAUACACACUUAUAAUAAAUGAAUUGGGAAUGCUGUGAAUCGAUAAUACAUAGUCACUGGUUGGGAUAAUACAUAGUCACUGGUUGACCGGGUUUACUCAUAGUUUUGCUUGAGAUACUGUUUGUGAGCAUUUGAACUGUCAUUGAGCUAGAUUUUUCUGUCACUGAUAAAAACUGGAAAGGUCCAUCAGGUUGUCUGUUUAAUUUUACUUGAUUUGACUUGGUGAAUUAUAUAAAGAUGAACUUACAUGUAUUAUGUGUUAAAUAUUGUUCACUUAACAGAAUUAUUUCAGAUACUUACAGUGAAAUUGUUUAGACUCUAUUUUGAAG